AUGAGCAACAGCAUGCGCGACUUGAUUUCGGGGGAGGCCGAGUUGGAUGAUGAGGAAGAUGACGGAUCCUACGAUGAAGAGACUGGGGAGGACCGUGUCAGGCGAAAUGGCGCUCAUAUUGAUGACUCCAGUGAAGAAGAGGACGAUGAUGACGACGAGGAGGAAGCUCGGAAGGCGAGUAUUUCUGGCGCGAUUCGAGAGGGCUUCAUUGUCGAUGAAGAAGAGGAGGAAGAGGAAGAGGUCGACUCAGAUGCAGAACCACGCCCCGUGAAGAGAAAGCGCGAACAUCGAGAUCGUGAAGAGGAAGAACGCCUUGAUGAAGACGAUUUAGAGCUGAUUGGUGAGCAAUUUGGGGAACGCCCCAAACCAGAAAGCAAGUCCAAAUUCAAACGACUCAAACGAGGCCAUCGCGACGAAGACGAUGUUCCCAACGAGCGCCGUGGCCUGGACGAAAUCUUCUCCGAUGAAGACGAAGAUGCGACAGAACAAAGGCCAUAUGGGCGGUCAAAUCUGCGUGCCCAGGCCGAUGAGUUCGACGACUUCAUCGAGGAAGAUUUCCCCGAAGAUGAAGACGAGCGAACGCGCCGACUUGAAGAUUUAGAAGUUGCGCGACCUCGGGACCGCGGCGUAGGGGCUGUUGUUGAUACUACAGGGCUUGACAAGGAUGCCUUGGAUGACAUGGAAGCCAUAUUUGGCAACGGCGAAGACUACGACUGGGCACUGCAACUAGAAGAUGACGAAGAGGACCGGGAGAAGCAAGAGCAGGGUAUUGAGCUUAAAGAUGUUUUCGAACCAUCACAACUCAAGGAGAAGCUCCUUACCGACGAAGACAAUGAAAUUCGAUUCACCGACGAGCCCGAGCGAUUUCAACUGGAGCGCAAGGCAUUCAAGAACCUUCAGCUCACCGCGGAACAAUUUAAAGAGGAAGCUAAAUGGAUCACGAACCAGCUGUGGCCGAAGAAGGGUCUGACCCAGGAGCUCCAGACGCCCUUUGCUAAAGCUGUCGGUAAAGUCCUUGAAUUCUUCAUCGUUGACGAAGUCGAAGUUCCCUAUGUCUUUCAGCAUAGAAAAGACUAUCUUCUGCAUUCCAAAAAGAUUCGAAAGUCAGCCCGUGAUGAUCUGGAUGGUCCGGAUUACACUAUUCAAUCCGAUAAGCUCCUUAACCAGGACGAUCUCUGGAGAAUUCUGGAAUUGGACAUCAAGUUUAGAUCAUUUGUUGACAAGAGGAACUCCCUGGAAAAGACAUAUGGGAACCUGAAAUCCCUUGACGUCGAGGAUCUGAUGGUUGAGGAAAUGAUUCCAGAGGCUACAACUAUGGAGGAACUCCAAGACCUCCAAGAUUAUCUCCAAUUUCAAUAUGGUGCCAAGCUCAGAGAUCUUGCAGUCAUGGCCGGUAACCACUCUCAAUCGAAGCGGCCUGGUUCAAAGUCAUCUCUACUUGACCGAGUUCGGAACGGCAAGGCGUACUAUUUCGUGAAAGCUUACGGUGUCUCUGCCGAUCAACUGGCCAAGAAUGCGCUGCGGCAAGGGAAAAAGAUCACACCCGAUGAUGACUCGCAGUACCCCAUGGAUCUUGCUGAUAGCUUAAUUGACGACAACUUCAGCACAGGCGACCAGGUUAUUUCUGCAGCGCGUCAAAUGUACUCGGAGGAGCUCUUCGCCAGCCCUCGCAUGCGCAAGUACUUCAGGAGCUCUUACUAUCAGGCUGCCGAGCUCAGCUGUCGACGUACGGAUAAGGGCCUUCGGAAGAUUGAUGAAUCGCACCCAUAUUAUGAGAUAAAAUACCUCCAGAACCAGGCAAUUGCUGACCUGGUGCACCGACCGGAGCUCUUCCUCAAGAUGAUGCGAGCAGAAGAAGAGGGCCUAGUUGAUAUCAAAGUCGACAUGCCACCACGAUACGACUUCCGGCGACAACUGUAUCAAGAAUUCGAGUCUGAGAACUUCAGUGACCGUGCCGAGCAAUGGCGAGAGGAGCGAAAAAAAGUUCUCGACAUGGCUUACCCCAAGUUGGAGAAGGUCAUAGUAAAGAAUGUCAAAGAAGUUAUUCGUACUUUCUGCCAGGAUGAAGUGCUCAAGAUGUGUCGUCAGGAGUUUUACCGAAAGCUGGAUCAGGCUCCAUAUAAGCCAAAGGGAAUGAUUCUCGGAACCACACCUCGAGUCCUUGCUUUGUCCAAUGGGAUGGGUGACCCAGCCCGUGAGCCAACAUGCUGGACAUGGGUGGAAGAAGACGGCCGAGUUCUCGAGCAGGGCAAGUUUGGUAACCUGGCGCGAGACGAGGCUCAGCGGGAGGAGUUUGCCGCGCUGGUUCGGCGGCGCCGUCCAGAUGUUAUUGCCGUCAGUGGUUGGAGUGCUGAAACAAGCAAACUGGUUCGAGAUGUAGAAGCUCUUGUGAGCGACAAGGACCUCCGAGGAGCCGAGUUCGAUGACCCCGAGACCAAUGACUAUAGAACAGAGCCUCUCGAGGUGGUCGUCGUGGACGACGAGGUGGCCCGACUGUACAAGGACAGCCCGCGUGCCGUGGCUGAGCAUCCGUCUCUGAACCCAGUGACGAGAUACUGCGUUGGCUUGGCGCGAUACAUGCAGAAUCCGAUGAAAGAGUAUGCCGCUCUUGGCAAGGAUGUAUCAUCGCUUUCAUUCCACCCUUGCCAGCAUCUCCUACCGCAGGAUAAGCUAGCAAAAUACCUUGACUCCGCCAUGGUUGAUACGGUCAACAUGGUCGGUGUCAACAUUAACGAUGCGAUGACCGACCCAUACACGGCAAAUCUACUGCCUUAUAUUGCAGGUUUGGGUCCCCGAAAGGCUACUAGCGUCAUCAAGGCGAUUAAUGCCAAUGGAGGUUUUGUAAACACACGAGAUGAGCUGGUUGGUGACCCCGACAGCGGCAAGUUGCCCGUUGUUGGACCUCGUGUCUGGAACAACUGUGCCAGCUUCCUAUAUAUCGAAUUCGAUUCAACCAACGAGAUAACUGAUCCCCUGGACAACACGCGAGUUCAUCCUGAGGAUUAUGAACUUGGUCGCAAGAUGGCUGCAGACGCCUUGGAGUUGGAUGAGGAAGAUGUCAAGGCCGAAACGGACGAAAAUGGACCCGGCGCAAUUGUUCGGAAACUGUUCAAACAAGAUGAGCAAGAACGAGUCAACGAGCUUGUCCUGGAUGAGUACGCUGAUCAGCUGCUGACCAACUUCAACCAACGAAAGCGGGCGACGCUCGAGGCCAUUAGCGCAGAACUUCAGGCCCCGUAUGAAGAACUGCGACGCAGCUUUGCCCCUCUGAGCCAGUCCGAGAUUUUCACCAUGUUUACCGGCGAGACAAAGUCAUCGCUGUGCGAGGGAAUGAUUGUGCCUGUCAAUGUCCGCAUGGUGAGGGACGACUUUGCCAUUGUCAAGCUCGACUGCGGCAUUGAGGGCCGGGUUGAAGCACAUGAAGUGACGAGUCGCGCUUCGGUCAAGGAGGUCCUGAGCACGGGCCAGACUGCUCAAGCCAAGAUCCUCGAGCUGAACUACAAAGACUUCAUGGCGAAGCUGUCCAUGCGAGAAGAUGCGUUGCGCGUGCCGUUCAAGCGGCCCAUCAAUUAUGGCCGUGACGGCUGGGACUACAACCUGGAAGCAUCGGACAAGGAGGAGCUUCGCGAAAAGGAUCAGUCCACUGGAAGGACACAGCGCGUGGUCAAGCACCCCAACUUCAAGCCCUUCAACUCAAUACAAGCAGAGGAAUACCUUGGCUCACAGCCUCCCGGCGAGGUGAUUAUUCGUCCCUCGUCCAAGGGCAACGACCACUUGGCUAUUACCUGGAAGGUGGCGGACAACGUCUACCAGCACAUUGACGUGCUGGAGAUGCAAAAGGACACCGAGUUCUCCGUCGGCAAGCUCCUCCGCAUCGGAGGCAAGUACACGUACAGCGAUCUGGACGAGUUGAUUGUCGACCACGUCAAAGCCAUGGCUCGAAAGGUAGAGGAGCUCAUGCGCCACGACAAGUACCAGAGCAGGUCGCGAUCGGAGACGGAGAAAUGGCUGACUACAUAUAUCGACGCCAACCCCAACCGGUCCGCGUACGCCUUCUGCAUUGACCAGAAGCAUCCGGGAUACUUUUGGCUGUGCUUCAAGGCCAGUCGCACAGCGAGGGUCAUUGGCCUUCCUGUUCGCGCGAUUCCACAGGGGUACGAAUUGAAAGGGUACCAGUACCCGGAUAUGCGUGCGCUGUGCAACGGCUUCAAACUACGAUACCAAAAUGAGUUUUCAACCAUGGGAAACAGGUGA